GAUCUGCCGCGUGCAGAGGGACACAUAUGGAUUACAGAGGCGAUUUCCGUGGCAAGUGAGCUUCAUGACAUGUAGAUUACCCAGGAUAUCUCGGCCAGGCGACAAACAACCAAGGGUCUGGUUUGUGGUCAGAGUGUGUGAUGGGGGGGGUCUGUGGACUGGCUACUGAUUGUGGUCCUCUCAUGACCUUGGAAGCGUUGCAGUUUGGAGGAGAAAACUCGGAUUAUAAUCUGCGGUGCUCAAAAAUCUCCACACACCAUGCAGGAUGAUUUACUGAUGGACAAAAACAAAGCGCAGCCUCAUCAGCAGCAAGAUCCGACACAAGCAGACCCUCCUCCCUCCACCCCGUCAUCGGAUCCCGCUUCAUCUUCAUCCGAGUCGGAGAGCCCGUCUACCGGCAGCAGCCAAGCGGCUUCCGCGCUGAGGGACAGCAGAGCCCCCAUGGAGUCGCCGAUCCUCCCCGGGCUGGGCUUCCACCAGGACACCGGAGGAUCCCUCAGCUCUCCUCCCUCCUCAUUCGGCAGCACUUGGUCCACGGGAACCACCAACGCCGUGGAGGAUAGCUUUUUCCCAGGAAUGCCGUCGGUGAACGGGACGAUGCUUUUCCAGAACUUCCCCCACGUCAGCCCGGUGUUUGGGGGGGACUUCUCCCCGCAGGUCGGUCUGUCUCCGCAGCAGCAGCAGCAUAGGAGAUCCCCGGUCAGUCCCAGCCAGGGGCCCCUUCCCCAGAGAAACGCUUAUCAAACCAUCAUGAACAACAGCAAAGGUUCUUCGUCGUCUUCCCCGACUUCCUCCUCUGCCUGGAAUAAUCAGCAGAACGCGGCUUGGAGCUCCCCGUCCAGCCCCUGGAGCGCGCUGCAGCCGGGCAGGGACCCGCGCCGAGCCGUGGGCGUAGGGGUCGGAGUCGGCGUCGGGGUGCCGUCUCCCCUCAACCCCAUCUCCCCGAUGAAAAAGUCUUACACCAGCAAUGUCAUAGCACCGCCCAAAUUCCCCAGACCCGGUGUUCCUCUCGCUCCCAAACCCUGGAUGGAGGACGCUGCGUUCAGGACGGACAACAGCAACAACACGCUGCCUUUCCAGGACCGGAAUCGGCCCUUUGAUCCUUUUAACUUGAACUCUUUUGAUCUUCCCAUAAUGGAAAUGAUAAAGACUGACCAUGAGAAAGGUAAACCACACCCAGCUGGUGGCCCACCAAUGACUAUCGCUGAUAUUAUAUGGAGGAAUCAUUUUGCAGGACGCAUUGGACUCAACUUUCACCAUCCUGGAGCAGAACAUAUAUUACCCCUAAAUACAGCCCGAAACUAUGGCCGCAGACGAGGUCGGUCCUGUCUCUUUCCCUUUGAAGAUGGCUUUCUCAACGACAGCCACGGUGACCCCACCCUGACUCCAGGCCUGAACUCGCCGACCCGCUGUCAGAACGGGGAGAGGAUGGAGCGCUACUCUAGGAAAGUGUUCGUCGGAGGCCUUCCUCCCGACAUAGAUGAAGAUGAAAUCACCAACAGUUUCCGUCGCUACGGGCACCUGGUGGUGGAUUGGCCUCAUAAAGCUGAAAGCAAAUCCUACUUCCCACCUAAAGGUUACGCCUUCCUGCUUUUUCAAGAAGAGGCUUCAGUUCAGGCCUUGAUCGACGCCUGCAUUGAGGAGGAUGGGAAGCUCUACCUCUGCGUCUCAAGCCCCACCAUUAAGGACAAACCAGUCCAGAUCCGUCCCUGGAACCUGAGUGACAGCGACUUCGUUAUGGACGGCUCCCAGCCUCUGGAUCCCCGCAAAACCAUCUUCGUUGGUGGUGUCCCCCGGCCCCUGCGUGCAGUGGAGUUGGCGAUGAUCAUGGACCGGCUGUACGGAGGCGUUUGCUACGCAGGAAUCGACACCGAUCCAGAGCUCAAAUAUCCAAAGGGAGCCGGGCGUGUGGCCUUCUCCAAUCAGCAGAGCUACAUCGCUGCAAUCAGUGCCCGCUUUGUCCAGCUGCAGCACAAUGACAUCGACAAAAGGGUGGAGGUGAAGCCGUACGUCCUCGACGACCAGAUGUGCGACGAGUGCCAGGGGGCGCGCUGCGGCGGGAAGUUCGCCCCCUUCUUCUGUGCCAACGUCACCUGCCUGCAGUACUACUGCGAGUACUGCUGGGCCAGCAUCCACUCCCGAGCCGGCCGGGAGUUUCACAAGCCGCUGGUGAAGGAAGGGGGCGACCGCCCUCGACACGUGUCUUUCCGCUGGAGCUGAGAGGGCGACGGAUCUGCGCUACCAUCCCCAUGAACCCACAUCGGAUCGUCCAGAGGGGGGGGGGGGACACCAUCCCCCACAGCUCCACCCUGAUUCCCACAAGCA